UGUAAAGGAAAGGUGAAAUUGUAGACAUUUUGGUUCCCUGACGGUAAAAUACGUCCUUUACUUUUAAAAUAUUGCAAGUUUCCCGUGAAAAGGAGCUAUAUUCGUUUGGCAUUUUAUAUAUGUCGACGCGCCGUGAUGUGGCAUUAGUCGUCGGGAGUAGAUAGCACAAACACUCGGGGUAAUAAUGGCGACUUUAUUUCCUUGUUGUUGUGGCAGUGAUGUGCAGGUUAAACUGGGCUCCUGCAUGUCAUGAACAUCAGUGAGUAUGGACGUGUGGGGCGCAGUCGUCGCAGCAGAUAAUGAGCGGUCAAGCUCCGAGGGCGAGUACGUGGUCGACUCCGGUGCUGGACAUGAAGCCAAGAGGACGGCGGACGGAACGUUUCGCAGGCCCGCGGAGAGGAUGGACGAUGGGGGCUCGGGUGUGGGACCUGGGGAGGGCGAAGUGGUGUUGGGACGGCUUGCAAGUCAGAAGGACGACAAGGAACUUCGCUAUUUGCACCUGUUGUGGGAGCCCGGGCGAGCCGAGGCCGGACCCGGUGGUGUGACCAGCAAGCUGGGGAAGAUGACCGGGAGCAGGGCCAGGCGGUGCCACCGAGCCACACGGAAUCCGAUUGGUAAAGAUAUCUACGCUGUGAAGAGACUAAGGGAAGCAGCCAACAGCAAUGACAUCGACACAGUUCGGAAGCUCCUGCAGGAUGACAUCGACCCCUGUGCUGCUGAUGACAAGGGAAGGACAGCCUUACAUUUCUCUUCCUGUAAUGGCAACGAGAGCAUCGUGCAGUUACUGCUGAGCCAUGGCGCUGACCCCAACCAGCGUGACAGUCUGGGUAACACCCCACUCCACUUGGCGGCCUGUACAAACCACGUGCCUGUCAUCACCACAUUGCUGAGAGGAGGGUCCCGCGUGGAUGCCCUCGAUCGAGCGGGUCGGACCCCUCUACACCUCGCACGCUCCAAACUGAACAUUCUGCAGGAGGGAGAUUCCCGGAGCUUAGAAACCUUGAGAGGAGAAGUGACACAGAUUAUACAAAUGCUGAGGGAAUAUCUAAAUUUAAUGGGCCAAAGUGAAGCUAAAGAGAGACUGGAGCAUAUUUCGACCCAGCUGCAACACACACGAACCAAAGAGCAAGUGGAUGAGGUGACCGAUUUACUGGCCAGCUUCACUUCACUCAGCCUACAGAAACAGAAUUUGGGAGACAGGUAGAGGACAAAGAAGUGGUUUCUUUGUUGCUUUUUCAAGCAAACCUCUAUCUUGAAUACUGAUACCACUUCUCACAAUCUGGACUACAAUUCAGAAUACAGUACCAUUUCUUUCAUGUAAUUAACACACAAUUGAGUAAAGAAUAAAAUUGAGAAUUUUAAGUAUGUUCUUUUACAUUGUAAAAUCAGGAAGAAAACACAAGUGUUGUUGCUGAUCUCAAAUGUAUUCCUGUCUGAAAGUUGUCCAACAGGUGCUAAUUAUAUUUUUGUAGUUGGUAGUAGAUUUUGUGGAACAGUCUGAACUAUUGCAAACUUGGCCUUAAUUUACCCAAAACAACAAUGUUUCUAUUAUCUUCUCCAUUUGUCUUGUAUUAGUGGACCAAAGCUUUCCCUAUCCCUUUCUAAAACGCCUCAAUUUGUCCGUCACAUAAAUUCUGUUUUCAGACUAAAUUCUUGACAAAUUAAUUUAGAAGGCGCAUCAUAAAGCUACCUCCAGUUGUGCCAAAAAAGUAACAGUAAUUAUUUAUUCUUUCGGGGCUUCUGACUGUUCAGUAGCAGAAAGUAAAUAUAUAUCAUUUUAAAUUGGUUUGAAUGCAUUGUUCCUGGUUUCAUGCAGUUAAUUUGCCAACAAUCCCAUUGGACUUUAAAUGCAGCAGGCACAACAGACUGGAAGGUGGAGGACAGAUUCAGUCCAAAAGACUUGCCUUUGUUUUAUCGUCAUGAAUAUUGUACUGUAACUAUGUGAGCAGGCAGUUUUAAUGUUUCACUUGUUUUUUCUUUAUCACAGGAAACUUGCAAUGACUCUUUAUUUGUAUUGCAUGUUGAUGUUUAAAGGGCGACUACACUUUUUGGGGGGAAAUUUGGCCCAUCAUUCACAAUCCCUAUGUAGGACAAGGACACAUAUAUUCUUUUUUUUAUGCAUUCUAAUCGUAAAUAAACUUUAGCCGAAAUCAGCUCACAAUGGGGUUAAUUUGAGCGCCACUAUUCCGCUCACUAAGCCCUUUUAAAAAAACAUGCAAAAACUGCCAACAAUACUCCAUUUACACUUUGUGACCUAAUCAUUAACAAAGUAUUAGCAAAAUUGCUAUUAUAAGCGCUAACGUUAAGGACCUGUUUUAGCGGCGCAUUGAUCACGGAGCGGUAACUAGCUUAUGCUGCUAUGUUGACAUCAUGAGCUGGAGAGCUGCUCUCUCCCCGCUGAGCCGGUGAAAG